UUGGGGCCGCCCCUCGCGCCGUGCGGCCGUUGGCCGGGGGAGGGGCGGUGCCGUGUGCCCGUCCCCCCGCCCCCCGCCCUGCCGCUGCCCCGGGGCCGCUGCGGGCUGCGUCUGCCCGAAGGGAGCCGCGGAGCCGGCACCGCCGCCUGGCUGAGCCCUGGGUGCGCUGGGGGCUCGGCGGGGAGUCGAGGCCAGGCAUGGGACUGAUCUUCGCCAAGCUGUGGAGUCUCUUCGGUAGCCAAGAGCACAAAGUAAUCAUAGUGGGACUUGAUAAUGCUGGAAAGACUACUAUUCUUUACCAAUUCUUAAUGAAUGAAGUGGUUCAUACUUCUCCAACCAUAGGAAGCAAUGUAGAGGAAAUAGUGGUGAAAAACACUCAUUUCUUAAUGUGGGAUAUUGGAGGACAAGAAUCAUUACGGUCAUCAUGGAAUACCUAUUACUCAAACACAGAGUUCAUCAUUCUUGUUGUUGACAGCAUUGAUAGAGAGCGACUUUCUAUUACAAAAGAAGAACUUUAUAGAAUGCUGGCUCAUGAGGAUUUGCGGAAGGCUGCAGUCCUCAUCUUUGCGAACAAGCAGGACAUGAAAGGUUGCAUGACAGCUGCUGAAAUAUCUACAUACCUCACCCUCAGCUCCAUAAAGGAUCACCCAUGGCACAUUCAGUCCUGUUGUGCUUUGACAGGAGAAGGAUUAUGCCAAGGCUUGGAGUGGAUGACCUCCCGUAUUGGAGUGAGAUAGCUCCCUCCUGCCCCUCGUCAAAAGAAGAGACUUCUAUUUAUCCUGUGAACAUGUACAUUUUUCUCUACUUCUGGCUGCUGAGGCAGUGACCAUAUUUAAUUUAUAUCACCCAACUCCCAAGCUGUACUUGAAUCAAGUGCAGUUGAACUGAAACACAAAGUAUUUUCUUAACUUUUUUUAGUACACUAAUCUGCAACUGGAUGAACAUUGUGAAUCUGGUUUUAAGCAUUGAAAUUCCUCUGAAUAUGUAUGUAUUCUAACUUUUUCAAUGAUAGCUUUUUAAAAUCUGUUUUGUCAUUGUCAAUAUUUCAUACUUCCUCUUUCUAAAUAGUUUAUAUAACUUAUUAACAUAAAUGAGCGCAGUUUGUUUAAUAAUGAAAAAGUAGUGAGUAGGUUGACUUUACUCUGGCAUAGCUUUAGCCUCUGAGGGUAACUAUAUCUCCAGCUGAGCUUCCUGGAACAUCAGUAGAGUUCUAGCUAGCACGGGAGUUAAUAGUUAUGAAUGCAAAUUUUUACAUGUCAAACGAGUUAGUUAUAAUUAAUAUUGUGGUGGCUUUUAACCUGGUAUAUAAUUGAACUUCUGCCUUAAAAGAAAUCUAUUUCAUUCUCAGUUUAUUUGGUAAGUAGUUCUAGGAUAUGAUUCUUUUACUUGAAAAUACAUCUCUGUACAGUGGAUAAAAACUUUUGUUAUGAAGUGCUGGUUUAGUCAUUUAAAACUUGAAUACCUUUUGAAAAAUAAAACAAAUUCUUGAUAAUUAGAUUUGGAAUCAUGGCAGUGUUACAUGUAGACUUGCUGUAAUCUGUUAAAAUUUUAAAUACUGUAUACAUGAGCCUUCCUCAACUUUUAGUGAGAGUGCUGUUUUAUAAAUGAAUGCAAAAUCAAAAGGGAAGCCAGAUUUAUAAACAGAACAGAGUCAUGGUGCUCCAUCUGUGGACUUCAGAGUGAAGCUAAUCUUGACAUUUAUUUACCUACUAUCAAACAUGUUUUCAGAUUCUGUUCCAGAGAAAAUAUUUUGCCUUGAUUUUUGGUUUUAGUCAUCUUUGCAGGAGCAGAGAACUCUUUAUAGUGCUCGAAUUAUAUUCAUUCAGCUUAAAUUUGGGAACUGAAAGUUGAAAAAGUAGAGGGCUUCCAUUUGAAAAACAGGUGGUGAAAGAUUGGAUGUAGUAACUCCUAAUUCAAUUUGAAGGGGAUGAAGUUAGAUCAGUAAAGAGAAUCUAAAGUUCUGGAUGAAGUUAAUGGAGAACAUUAGGUGCCAGAAACCAUCUGAGGAAAAAAAAACCCAAACAAACAGUAGCAGACACUCAAUUCCUAAUGGAAUCCCAGCAGCAGUCAGGUAUCUAACCUACAAAAAUGUUAGGCAGGCUUUCCAAAAGCACCGUUCUCUGCUUUUGCAUGCCUGAAAACUGUGUGGAGUCUGGUUACUAGAACAAUUUUGCUAAUUGACUGUAGACCUUUAAUGACAAACUGUUUCUGUUAAAUCUUAUUUUGAUAAUUCAAGCACACUCAAGUUUUCUUUAAUAAAAUUUUGUUUUGUAAAUUUCAGUUUGCUUCCAUUUUUAUUUGAAACAAAGAUUAAUGAAAUUUUAAAAGUAUCAGCAAAUAUGUUGUCAUAAGUGUUAAAAAGAAGGCUUUGAAUGUAUGUGGAAACAGUGAUUGAUUGAAUGAAGUUGUAUAUUAAUGCUCGUUAGCAAAAGUCAUGUUUAGGAGAAAGCCUGUGUUGAGCAUCAAGUCAAAAUGCUCAGAAGAUAAUUUAAAUCAGUGAAAAGUAGUGCUUAAAGAAAAACGAGAAAUGCAAGGCAAGGUUAAAAUCUGAUACUAAAGCCUCUUGCUCUGAUGUUUAUGCUAAAAACUGUUCUAAUGUGUGAAAAUAAGAUUUGUUUUAUUAUUAAGGAAGCAAAUUAUGAAAUGAAAAGAAAAAAUAAAAUGAUAUGUGAAUGAG